AAACCUUUAGAGUUUCGUAUUAAACUCUACGAAAUCAUGAGGGUUUAGUACAAAAUCAUGAGAGUUUAGUACGAAACUAUUAGGGUUUAAUAUGAAACUCUAAAGGUUUCGUAUUUUCCUACGAAACCUUUUUCUGCUGUACGGAACUUAAAAAAAGGUUUCGCAGCAAAAGGUUCUUAUCCUCGGUACACGGUAAGAACCUUUAAAGGUUUCGUAGAUUUUUUUAUCCUUUUUUUGAGACUUUGGACAUCUUUGGACGCUUUUAGACAUCUCCGGAACCUUUUUUGGGGGUUCGGUAAAAAACCGAUUUUUUUUAGAGUGUAGAUUCGCGUGGAAUCCUCUCCACUUUUUUCAGUUUCGCCUGUAUCUAAGCCUUCUCGUGAUCUUACUCAGAGUACAUCACGGUUGUUCUUCGAACAGCUUCACAUAACUUAUCAAAAGCCUUAUAAAAUUUCACCGACAUUCUCUAUGCAAAUACUUAGGAGAUUCUUCGGCAGAUCUACAUUCAUCAUACAGAAAAUCAUGUGUCCUUAAGGUUUCCUAAAAAACAUAGGGAUUAGGUUUGAUAUUUUGUUGUUCAACGAUUCAAUAUUCUUCUCAGAAGAUACAGAUAGAAUCUUCUCUGAUGUUCAUAUAAAUGAUCAUUCUGCCAAAAAGAUUCUGAAUUCUUGCAAUUCUGAAAAAAAUCCUCAGAUCCUUAUGUUUUUCUAUCAAAAACUUACAUGAAAUUGGUAUUACUCUUUCUUGGAGAACCUCCUUACAACAAUCUCCAGAUGUUAUUUUUAUGAUCAAAAAGAUCUUGGCAAGAACUGGAAGUAACAUAGAUGUAAGAAUCGUUACCAAAUCCUUUUUUUCUCAUAAGAAACUAGGAAAAGACUUCUGAAUUUUUCUCUGCGAAACGAGCAUUCUCAAAGAUGAAUGUCAUAUUUCUAGCGCUUGCUCUCACGAGAGACGGAAUCUCUUCGACAACGACGAUUUCUUUUCUUUUUCGUUCAUUGUAGUAAUUCCCAAUAUUCCAGUCGAUGCUUGUUGGAAACAGAAUGGAGUGACUGUUACUGGAGGUCAUGAAGAAGGCAAUGCCACCAAUCAACUCUGGGGCCCUCAUGGUCUCUUCGUUGAUGAUGAUCAAACGAUAGUCAUCGCUGACUGGGGCAAUCAUCGUAUCAUCCAAUGGAAGAUGGGUGACACGAAUGGACAAGUAGUAGCUGGUGGCAAUGGCCAAGGAAAUCGAUUGGAUCAAUUGAAUUAUCCGACCGAUGUGUUGAUCGACAAAGAGACGGAUAGUCUCAUUAUUUGUGAUCGAGGAAAUCAACAAGUCGUACGAUGGUCUCGUCGUAGUGGUACAACUCAAGGAGAAAUCCUCAUCGACAACAUCUCGUGUUGGGGAUCGGCCAUGGAUGAUCAGAGAUAUCUCUACAUCUCUGACACCGACGAACAUGAAGUAAGACGAUAUCAAAUAGGAGACAAGAAUGGAGCUAUCGUAGCUGGUGGUAAUGGCGAAGGUGAUGAUCUCAAUCAACUCAACACGCCGAGAUGCGUCUUUGUCAAUCAACAACAGACUGUCUACGUGUCAGACAAGGGCAAUCAUCGUGUAAUGAAAUGGAAUAAAGGUGCAAAAGAAGGAAUUGUCGUCGCUGGAGGUCAAGGCAAAGGGAAUGCUCUGACACAAUUGUCGCAUCCUCAAGGACUGUUCGUCGAUACAUUGGGUACCAUCUAUGUGACAGCCUCGUGGAAUCAUCGAGUGAUGCGUUGGCCUAAAGGAGCGAAACAGGGCACUAUCAUUGUGGGUGGAAAUGGUUACGGAGACGGAGCAAAUCAGUUCAACCAUCCCGACGGUUUGUCCUUCGAUCGACAUGGCAAUCUCUAUGUCGUCGAUUAUGGGAAUCAUCGUGUUCAACGCUUUUCAAUCGAAUAG